ACGGAUUUGGAAUAGUACCUGAUGCCGAACUCCGAUCAAUUCAAGGUCUACAUAUCAUUUUCUUACUACUCAAGGUAUGUCAUACCUUUGAUUUACCCAAGGUACGAUAGAACCACCCGUUACUAUUACUAUUUUUAGUAACAAGUUAUACUCGCCGGAUAACCCCACUCAUAAGUUAUACCCGAUAUGUUGUAUCUCAAUCAGUCAAAUAAACAUCCAUUCAUCACCACAUGCCAUACACAUGCAUCAUCUCAAACUUAAGGAAUUCAUAUAUUCACAACAUAAGGCCAUCAAACAGUCUCUUGAUAACUCAUUGUAUAAAUAUGUAUUCACCAAGUAUCACAUCAUACUGGCAUCACCAUGUAACCAUGUCCCAACAUAGCAAAACAUCACACCAUCUAAUGGUAAAUCAUUGUAUAAAACACCAAAGAAAACCAUCACAUAACCAUCAUCAUCGACAUGAACAUUUCGUAUAUCACAUCAUAGAAAGUUAUUACUUAACCGCGUCAUAGUAAUCUUUAUACAAUGAUUCAAUCACAUGUAUGGUUAGGUUGAUUCAGUGCCCCUUUACUUCUUAAUUUUCCAAGUCCUACACUCCUCGGAUAGUACAGUAGAUGUCCUGUAUACCACAUCGGAUCGUACCUAUAUUGGUGUCCUGUAAAUUCACUGCGGGAUCAUACCCUGACCGAUAUCCUAUAUAAAAGCACGAGACAUACCCGGAUCGAUGUCCUGUAAAACCAACGCGGGAUCAUACCUUCAACGAUGUCUUGUAAAUUCAUCUAUUGUACUGAUUGCACAAUAGAGCGCCUUUAUAUUUGUAUUAAGUUAUCAAACAAUUCCUGUUACAGUCAGUCACACAUUAAUGUGAAGCGAAGCCAAAGUGUCUCUAUAACUAACAUUUUGUUUUGAUAUCAUUCAUAAAAUGUUGAAGGUAAUAUAGAAGCAUAGCAUCAUAGUUUGGUUGUACUUUAAUAUAAUAGUAGAAAAAGAUAGCGAACACUCGAGGUGUAAUAUACACCUUGAUUCACAUCUAUUAGUUGUACUUUAAUAUAUUUUGUCAAAUAAGAAUCGGUGGUUAUUAUUUUUGCAUUCACGAAUCGUAAGAUUUUAAUUGGAGAAUUAGAGACUGAAGUUCACCCAUUAGAAACUAUGGUAUAGUAUCAUGUCCAAACUCCGUUAAUAUAUACAUGGUCUAAAUAGCAAAACUCGAUAGGAGUACGGUAAGGUGGCGUAUGCUAGCUUAAACCACGUACAACUUAUGAAGUUAAAAAUGAUUGGUGAAUCAAAGAUCGGAUGGUCAUGAAUACUAUUUUUCAAGCGGUGAUGAAGUUACAACGUUGUUUGACAUUAUUGUUGAUCAUGAUUAAAAUCUGGAUCAUAUUAGAUGAAACACUGAUAAAAAAAUGACAAUAAUAAAUAAAUAUAAAAAUUAGGAAUUUUAUACCAUUAGAAGAAAUUACAGAUAAUAGAAGAAAAAAGUACACAUAGGAAAUUCGCCGCUCAUCGGGCGGGCACAAAACUAGUUAGAUCUACCUGUAACUUGCUGUAUAACCAGCCAAUCACACUGCAGCUUAUUAACUCAACUUUUGAUAGGAGACAAUGGCCCUGGAGUAGGUACGUACGUAGCAUUUGGAAGGCCAGGGAGCUUAUUGGUUUGCAAAUAAUGCUCAUAAUUAUUUUGGAUGUUUCCACUUUACAUAUUUUCUAGUCUGACGAAUCAACAACCAUCUUUAAGUUGAACUACUAACAGUUGAUCCAUCCAUCGAUGGACCAGCCCAAAAAUUAUUCAAAACUUUCAUUAUUCUAUUUCCUCCCAUUCCUUUUCAGCUUGAUGUGGGGAUUAAUUGACCAAUGCAAAACUGAACCAAUCAAUCAGCUGAAUUGAUCCCAUUAACAUUGCUAACAAUAUCAUUAGCCUUUUUUGUGGUUAGUCGUCUUAAGCACGAAUUAAUGAUAAUAUAAUAUGAUUAGUACGUUCAUGAAUUAAAGUUCAAAGCCCUGUCUGUUCUGUUUAUAUUGCAGAUCAUAGGGUUGAUGGAAGGUCUCUAUCAGUUCCCUCCAUGGAGGAACUUAGGCGCAGGUGGCAGAAGCUUUAGGCUAUGUCACUAUGUUUUCUUUCAGUUUAUGUAAUUAUCUUUUCAUUUUUCUGAUUUGGUUUUAAUUUUAUGCCACGACCUAAAAAUAAGCAUUUUGGGUAUCAUGGUCUAGGAUCACUAGUCAAUUUUGAUAUGCUCAUUCUAGGGAGACAUAAAAAAUUGGUUUCAUAUAUAGUCUCAUGACUAGUUAAUUUGCUUAUGAUAAUAAUAAUGCAAAUAACUUCUUGAUUUGGAUGUAAAAGCGAAAAAAGAUAAUUUCUACAUGAAAAGGAUUGAAAAUUGUGCCCAAUAAGUGUUAGGGCUAAUAAUUUACAGUUGAAGUAUAGAAUAUUGUAAUUUCUUAUGGAAGUUAGGACAUGAUUCAAUGGGCUUAGAAUAUUACAAAUUUUGAAUAUAAAAGACCAAAUGAAACCAAGGUGCCUACUCUUAUUUUAACAUAGUUAUAACCAGACAAAAGUCUGAUGUCAUAGUCAGAGAACAGAACAAAUCCACGGGCGGAAGUCGACAAAUCGUCGAAAUUCCGAUGAAAAAGCGUUUUGGGUAACAUGGGAGCAGGAACAAAACUCGAGCAUCCCUGUCAACCGACGAAUAUCCUCCAGGAGUGCACCUCCAGUCGAGUGAGAGUCGUCUCCCGCCGAGAGCCGACGAAUCACCAAGCGAGAAUGGCCAUGAAAAUUUAAGAAAAAAAACUCUGAGACAAACACCAAUAUAAUGGAUCCCGAAAUGCCAAGAGAUCGGCUACAAAUGAGUCAUGAAUACCUUCAUAUGACUGCCCCAAAGCAAAUAAAACACUCCCAGUAGAGGAAGUCCCCACGAAGGCAAUGAGCCUACUCUUUAUCCUACUUGUUGUACCGUUGUGUUUUAUUCAUUUAUUUUUUUAUAAGCUACCACCCAAGGUUGUCAACCCGCGGGUUGAUCCGGACUCGAUCGAGUUAGUGGGUCAAGGGUUAACGGGUCACCCGUUUUAGCCUGGAAAUAUAGAAAGAGUAAUUAUAUUGUACUUAUACUAAUAAAUUAUAUCAAAUCUCAUCUAACACAUGAGUAAUAACAUAUAACAUUACACAAAAGUAACAUGUACUUAGAUCCAACAUAUAGUGAAAAUUCACACAGACUUAUAUAACGUCAAUAUUCAAAUGUUCAACUAAGGAUUCUAAAGAUUGAGUUAGGCGAAAAUAAAAAUCGGAAAAUAAGCACAUUUCGCAAACCAAAGAAAAAAAUGACACAAUUUGACCUCCAACCUGAUACGUUGUAUCGGUCGACCCGGCAGGUAUGUACGACUCAUUUAUCUUACCGGGUCAGAGUCAAAGUGGGUCGACCCGCGGGUAGAAAACCUUGCUAUCACCUUAUAAAAAAAUGGCAUGAAUUGAACACCUACGAGAAAAAUGGAAGGCUCAUACAAUAUUUCAUACAAUUCAUGAAUUAGUAAAUACCGGGUCAAUAUAUGUCGGACUAAAUUUUAAUUAGAACAUAGCGUGUAAGCUAAUGAUUUUGCUUUGGUAAUCAUGUGUAUAUUAACAGGGGAAUGACGACACAUAAAAGAAGUGUACCAUAUUAAAUCUCAAAACAAAAGAAAAAAGACAGCUUUGCCCCUAUAUGAGGUUAUGAGCAUCAUUCCCUAUAUGGGAAAGGAUAUGAAACCAAUCCCAAAUUCUCUAAUAAACCUUAGGCUUAUACAUAAACAAAUCUCUAAGUCCGCUAAUUGAACUCUCGAUAUGUAAAUCUACCAAACAAAACAUAAUUAAUAACAAACCUAUAUGUAGACCAACCGAUAUUCCAUAAUCCUCAAAUUUGAACGAACGAAUCUUUAUACCUGCUCACGAAACUUCUCGAACCAUAUAUCUACAAACAAAAUACCAACCUAACUGCCAACGAUAUGAUUAAUCCAACCAGUGAAACAAACCAAAACAACAUAAUUCUUCUGGAGAUGUAUGAAAGUCCUAUCAUCCCAAUCAAAGAACACACACCACAACCACUAACCAAUCAUUCUCUUAUCUUCUGUUACCUAUCGCUAUGAUAUAUAUAUAUGAAGAAAACUAAAGAUAAUAUUGCUCUGUUGUGGUAUGGUAACCACUAACCACCAACCCAAAAUUUUGGGCUUUUCCCACUUUUCUUUUACCCCAUUGGAAUUCAAUUUUUUUUACCAGCAACGCAUGUAAUAAUUUGGGUCUUAGAUACAAUGUCACUUUCACCUUCACCAAACUUGUCUCACACAUUUCUGGAUGUUGUGUUAAUUGGUCACGGGACUUUGUUAGGGAAAGUUUAGUCCCUUUCUCCCUGCUCUCUAGUUGGUCCUUUCACAGGUUUCAAAAUUCCUUACAUAAUUAUUUAUUUCCUGUGGACGUCAAAAUUUGGAUUUGAUUUAUUUUUUUCUUAAAAAAUUUAUUAAUUAAUGUGUGUGGAAGAUGUCUGCUACACUACAGCUUUGGAUGCUAUCUCUAACAAUUCUCCCAUUGGUGGGCUAGAAAAAUGCUCUGAUGCACCAAUGACAUUUUUUUUACAUAAGUUUCCACAGUUUAUUUAUGAACAAUUUUGUAGUGUUCUUUAUGACAAUGAAGGGUAAAUAGUGGAAUAGUUAUUCAACCAUGGUGAAAAGGGAGAGAUGAAAGUCUUGUGGUAAAUAUUAGUCACAGUUGAAAGAGCAUGUGGAAAUUAUUGUUCUUGUGAGCACCACAAGUAAGUUCUGGUGAUUAUUAUUUAUUAGGAUUUGAAUAGUUCUGGGUUACUCAUGUAAAUACGUAUAUGUCCAAUUCAAUGUUUAUUGUGUCAUUAGAUCUACAUUAGUAGCACAUAGCAUUCACGUUUCUGUUCAUACUAAAAAAUGAGGUUAGUUAAAGAGCAAAGUUUUCUUUUAACGAAUUAAUAAAUUGCAAAGCAAUCUUUCCAUCUCUCUGUUUGACAACCAACAUAUUUCUCAUUCUCUUUCUUUCUCUUGUGCUUCUUCCAGCGACCACUCUACAAAAUUUUUGGUUUUAAAAAAUAAACCUGAAGCUAAGAGAAUCAACUUAUGAAGUUUUUAGGGUUUUGAAUCGAAAAACGUGAGAAAAUAACACAAAGAAAAAAAAUUUCGUUUAUCUAGGUAACAUUAUUUAUGUUAGAUACCCAUAUUUCUUUCCAUCUGCGGUUGUGGCCUCUGCUGCCAGACAUGGCCAUGUUUCUUUGUUCGACAUUGACUGCUUUGCUUGCUCUAGAGACCACUAGAUCGAUUGGACUGCUGCCAACGUGAGCCUGCUACUGCUAGGUUUUUUAAUUUUCGUCUAAAUUUGUUUAUCAAAAAGGUUUCCUGAACCAUAUAUAAUUCUUAUUCAAUUUGAUUCUACGAGAUUCUGAAUUGGAAUUACGUGGAAUUAAUAAAACCUAGCUAGUUAGCCUAAUAAGAUCAUGCAUCGUCAUCUAAUAAGAUCAAUCAUGACGAUGAUAGCGUAGUCUGAAUCUGUGGCUUGGCUUCACGAAUAAUACAAAAUAAUUAGGUAGACUGAUCCAACAGCAGCAGGUUUCAAGUACGUAAUGACAUGCACAAAAACAAUUGCCCAAAUUAAUUAAUUAGGACCGAGUGGCCUAACUAACAAUCAUAAAUCUGUAUGAGCAUGACAUUUAGCUAAACAUCGAUCGUGUCUAUUUGCCUGCCUGCCUAUCCUAUCUAUCUUAUCGAAAAACAUGCAUGGAUCUAAAUGAGACGGUUUAGGCUUUGGCCAUGAGGCCAUUAUGCCACUUGAUUCCUACUUGCCGACAAAAAAGCACCCUCCUCAUUAAUAUUAUUGUUCAUAUAAUUUUUUUUCGACUACUUAAAUUCACACUCAGGAUUUCAUGGGGAAAAAGUUUGCUAGAAGGAAACUAUAUCAACUUUAUAAAAUAAAAAAAUAAGUAUAAUGACUAUUUAUUAGCUAAACCUUUUUUUAUUAGUCAAACUUAUCGGAAUAUUAAGAAUUAGCCAAACGUUUUAUAACACGUUCAAGUAAUAGCCAUUAAUUCAUUAUCAUUAACUAUUUUUUAACGGUGCUCCACCUCAGCAAUAAAUAAAAUAAAAUUGGGUAAAUACUAAUUAUUAGUCACACCUUACUAUCAUUCUUUUUUAUCAGCCAAACCUAUUGAAUUACUAAUAAUUGACCAAAUCUUUUGUAAUGCAUCAAAGUAUUAGCCAUUUUUACGUUAUCGUUAAUAAUUUUGUAACUCUUUUCUUAGUUAAAAUACUAAAAUUUUGGAAUGUUGACAUCCAUGUGUCUCUUCCAAGUCAAUAUCAUGUUGCCAAGUCCAUAUUACUAACAAAUUGCUAACUGAAAGUUAACAUUUGACUAAUUAUUAGUAAUUCAAUAGGUUUGACUAAUAAAAAAAAGUGCAUAAAAGAUGGUCAAUGAUUGACCGGCUGAUGUGGCAUUUUUACUGCCACGUCUGACAGUUCACCAUCAUCAAACAAAAAAUUUAACGGAGAUUACCCAAAAAUAAAAGAAUUCGAAAAAUAUUUGGUUAAUAAAUAGACAUUACCCAAAAAAAUAAAUUUUGGUAGAAUGAAGGAAGGCUCAUGUCUCUAACUCUAAGAGAGUUUUAGUUAUAUAGCGUCUGACUAGAACCAUGGACGAACUAUUCUUGAAUAAAUAUCUAGCCAUAAUCGUCGAAAAAAGAAGAUAAAUAAACAGUAAAUUAUGCACUUAGAUGCAAUAUUGCAGCGAAGUCGGAAAGUGGCAGUUCUCAUGAGCUUGCAUUAAGGUCUUGAUCAGCGUGUUUGCUUGUGAGAGAGCAUUAUUGAAAAAUAUUUAAUUUCAAGUGAAAAUAGCAACGUAACAGCUCGAUGUGCUUUUGUAAGCUCGCUUGUUGGUAACGUACACUUUCCUCUUUCAUUUAAUUAAUUAUCUUCUGCCUGCCUGCGGGUUAAUCACGUACGUACCUUCUCGUAGCGUAAGAAAAGGCAAAGAAAUCGAAGAUAUAGAUAAAUCUUUUUUUGUUUCAAUACAAAAACUUAGUAUAUAUAAUAAUUAGUUACAAUAUAUUGCAUUGCAUGUUGGGCACCCGUACCGCAGGUUGCAUGUGGCAGCUCAUGGACAUUACAAUAUUACAUUGAAGUCGCUCUUCUAUCAUAUUAUGUAUAAAUAAAUAUUCUUAAUUAAUUAACUUGAUGUACGUACGUCGUCGAAGCCGGGCCUACCAGCCAGUGGUGGAGCCAGAAUUCAAAAGUACUUGUGUCCUCUUCUCAAAAUAUAAACAUAAAUAUAAUUAAAAUUAACAAUAUGAAAAUAGUUUAUUCAUAGAUAAGAGAGAAAUAACGGACUAAUACAAUCAUUGUUUCACAAGCAACCACGACGCAUUUUCAACCUGACAAAUCUCUCAUCAACCAUACCCAACAAGCUUUUGUCGAAUGAUAGUAUCAUGAAUGGAACCAAACUCAUCAGGAUAAAAUCUCGUAAGACUAAACAACUUCUCCUGGUCAAAAGCAGCAAAUGCCGCCGACGAGGGGGUAUGGAGUUCACCGGCGUUGACGCCGCGACUGAAGGGAAGGGAGGAGGGAUUCGUUCGCUGCGCGGUUGCAGGCAAGGUGCGCGUUUCUGGUUGCGAAAGGAGAAAGGAAUUGUCCGAUGAGAGAGAAAUCGAUUAGGAAUUUUAAUUUGGAAUUUUAUAUAUUAGUAAUAAAUUUAUUUUAUGUUAGAUUGUUAACAAGUAGUGAGUUGUGGCGCAGUGGCAGAACAAUCUUACACAAAAGUGAGGUCAUGGGUUUGAAAGUUGUGAACAUACAUCGGGUGUUUUUUUUUUUUUUACCCCUGGAAUUCACCUACCAGGUGUUCUCCCUCCGCCUAUGCUACCAGCAGCUAGCCAACAGAUAGAUAGAUAGAUAUAUCAUUGAUUAGGCAGCUAGGUCUCACCAGAAGAUCAGUCUUAAUUAAACCCAAAAUAUAUAUAUAAUCAGUAACUAAUUAAGGCAAGUAAAUUAAUUAGGUAGGGAUAGAUGGUGGGGUCGGUAAUUAAGAUAUACAGCCGGCUUGAGUAAACUAGCUAGAGAUGGCUAGCUAGCACGGCCAUACACACAUACAUCGAUCUCACACACAAACAUACAUAAACUUAAACAUAGUAACAUAAAUACAUAUAUAUUGUUUGUCUGUCAAUUGAUAUUUCGAUAAAUAUAGAAGAAAUAUUAUAUGGAAUAUGGAUCGGAGUGGCUAGCUGAAGUGGAGAUGGCGCGAUGAAAUCACAUCGAUCACAUGAGCAAGCUCCUGAUAAUGGCGGCCUCGGGGCUGUCGGCGUCGAUGGUGGAGAGCAGCUCCGACAGCCGGUCGCUCAAAUCCUCCACUUCCCUGUGCAGGCUCCUUAUGUAGUUGCAUGUCUCCUGCAGCACCUUCGACGCCGACACCUGUCACGUAAACACAGUUUUCGGAUUUAUUAAUUACCUUAGUUUCGGUGAAUGAUGAUGAUGAUGUUCUACUGUGGAGUAUAGUUAGUGAACAAAUCAAGGUAGCAGGAAGACCGGUCCGGUAGUUAAGGGAAAGGCAAAGACUCAGUCAUAAGUCAUAACCAUUAUUUUUCUCUUCACUUCCUUUCCUUUUCUUUACUUUCAGUUUUCCGUUAUUAUGUCGUCUAGCUUAGCAUCCUUCUCCUUUUUGUUGGUUUUUCUUGCGCCUUCCUUUCCGGGAUUUGCUUACGAGUCAAAAUGGUUGUAGAAAGUUUGACCUUAAUUCAAAUUAUUGGGUUUUACCAAACAAAGACUAAAUAACUCGGCAUAUAUAUAGUAAUAACAACAAAUUAAAUGCACUCAUUUCUAAAUCUCGUCCUUGAUGUCCGCCGGCCGCCGGGGGAGCUUGCUUCCCCUUCCGCCUCACCAAUUUCAAAACCCUCGCUCGAUCUACUUUUGUCAUUAUUAUCGCCGUGGCUAGCUUCAGGUUGAAGUCGAACAACAAUAUUAUUACGACUACUUGCUCCUCAGCAGGCGUGAGACAUUAUUAAUCACUUUCUCGUUUACCAUGAUAACUUAUAACAUUGUACUAAAUAUUCUAUUCAUGUGCUCCCUUAUUGCCAUGCGCCAUGCUAGCUAAGGAAAAGUCAAAGUCGCGUAUGCAUAAAUAAAUAAAUAAAUAAAUAAGUAUAAAUGUACCUUGUCGGAGCGGCGGCUGUGGCGAAGCUCCGGCAAGAGUUGGCGUAACUUGGAGACAAGUUGGAUGAUCUGAUCGUCGCUGAUCCUCGGCACACCUGAAGACUGCUGCCUCGACGUUCUCCGGCUCGACAUUGUCGUCCUUGUUCCCUAACACCUUACUGCUGCCUCUGUUUAAGUAUAUGAAAGAUGAUUAAUUUGUACGUUUAUUUCGCUACACAACAACCACAACCUUAAUUUCCAAGCUUGCAAUAUCGGGAAGAUGUGGCUGGCUAACAAGUAAGUUGGAAAAGGAGAUGUAGAGAGAAAAGAGAUAUGGGGAUGGGGAAGAGGGGAAGCUUUCAAUGAGGGAUUAUAUGUUAGAGUUUGUUUUGAGAUGAAGAGAGGAAGGAGGGUGAGAGAGGGAGAGGAGAGAAGAGAUGAUGGAAUGGAAGUAAUGGGGAAGAAAGUGAUAAGAGAGUGUUGUGUGUUAUAAAGAGAAUGGGGAAAGGACCACAAAACACAAUAUUGAAAGAGAAAGAGGCAAGAAUAGAUGUAAGGAGAGAGAGAGAGAGAGAGAGAGAGAGAGAGAGAGAGAGAGAGAGAGAGAGAGAGAGAGAGAGAGAGAGAGAGAGAGAGAGUACUAUAACAUAGACAGUGAUGUUGGAGGCGAAGAAGACAGGUGCAUCGGAGAAACAAGUGGACUUGCUUGCUAUGUCCUCGUUCUACAUAUUAUGCUCUUAUGUAUAUGGUCGAGAUAGAUAGAUUACAUGGGAUUUUCUUGACUAUGUUUUGGGCUAAGUUGAAUAUUUGUGAGUCAAUAAUUCAAUAUAUAGCAUCAUAUAUCAAUACAUGGGAUUUUUAUUA